AUGAGUAGACCCGGUGGUUCACCUUUACCGCCCAUGGCAGGCGGAAGUCCUGGUGGUUUAAGUGGAAGUCCUGGAGGUUUGAGAGGAAGACCUGGUAUGGGUAGAAUGGGAAAACCUGCCUUGAACUUAUCUCAGCUUGGUCUCUCACCAAAGCAAGAACAAACCCCAUUCGCAAAUUUUUCAAAAUAUGUUGACCCUUCUGGAAAAUUAAAUUUCGCCGGCAAAGCCAUUAUUCACGCAGAUGGUGUUGAUUUCAGUAAUGGAAAUAGUUUUGCAAUUAAAAUGGAUGACCUGAUAUUGCAAGAGGAACUUGGAAAGGGGCAGUAUGGUACCGUCCAAAAGGUCAAGCAUCGUGUUACUAAUGUUACAAUGGCCAUGAAGGAAAUUCGUUUGGAAUUAGAUGAAACUAAGCUGCAUCAAAUCUUGAUGGAGUUGGAUAUUUUACACAAAAGUUCUGGUGAAUUUAUUGUUGAAUUCUAUGGUGCCUUCUUUAUCGAGUCGUGUGUUUACUAUUGUAUGGAAUAUAUGGAUGCUGGCUCACUCGAUAAAUUGUAUGGUUCAGGUGUGCCUGAAGAAGUCUUGGCAAAAAUAGCCAUUUCGAUGGUGAAAGGUUUAAAGUUUCUCAAGGAUGAGCUUUCGAUUAUUCAUAGAGAUGUUAAACCCACAAAUGUUCUCGCAAAUAUCAAGGGACAAGUUAAACUUUGUGAUUUUGGCGUGUCAGGCCAGUUAGAGAAAUCCUUGGCAAAAACAAAUAUUGGCUGUCAAAGUUACAUGGCACCUGAACGUAUCAGAGCAGCGAAUACCUACUCCGUAUCAUCUGAUGUUUGGUCCUUGGGUAUAUCGCUUGUCGAAAUUGGUGUUGGUCGUUAUCCUUACAAAUAUGAUAACAUGUUUGCACAAUUAAAAGCCAUUAUUGACGACGAACCACCAUCAUUACCUUCCGAUAUAUUUUCCCCUGAAGCUGUUGAUUUUGUAAAUUCAUGUCUUCAAAAGGAACCACUUAAAAGACCAGCCUAUGCCGAUUUAUUAGAACAUCCAUUUAUUAAAAAGUAUGAAAAUGUCGAUGUUGAUAUGGCGAAAUGGGCUACUGAGGCAUUUGAAGCCAGAAAAAACUAA